AUGGAGUCGGCGACUAAUUCGUCAUCCGAAGAGUCCAUUUUUCACGAACAAACUCGAAAAUUGUUUCGUCUAUGUGACGCUCAAAACAUUGGACUUAUUGGAAAGGCUGAUCUAGAUGUGCUCGUUGACUUGAUUCCACCAGAUGAUCUCCAGAAGAUUUCUCGUUUUAUUGGCGAACAGAAAGUGAACGAGCCAGCGUUUUGUCGUAUUCUUAAAGCUAUCGUCAGUCAGGCACUUCAACAAGAAAUGGCAAAAAUUGAAGCACAGAUUCCGGCAUUUGAUAAAAAUCAGUAUUUGCAAGAGUCCAGUUUGGAAGAUGAGAUGCGCGCAAUUGAACAGAACAGAUCUUAUUUGGAUGAUCCAUUAACCAAGAUUUUGAAAAAAGAAUUGGAAGAGAUUCAGAGAUACGAAAAUUCUCAAAUUCAAAAUGAGCAUGCAAUCAAUAAUACAAUGAUUAAGAAGCCGUUGUACCGUCCCAUCCAACCAGAACCAACUAUCCCGAAGGUUUCUUCUUUGGCCGAGGAGUUGAACGCAAUUGAUAAGAAAGUGCCACAAAGAAAAGAAGAGGAAGAACUCACUCAACCGGAUCGAAUUUUCAAAGUUGUGUUUGUUGGAGACUCGGCAGUUGGAAAAACUUGUUUCUUGCACAGAUUUUGCCACAACCGUUUCAAACCCCUUUUCAAUGCUACAAUUGGUGUUGAUUUUACUGUCAAAACUAUGAAGAUUGCACCAAAUCGUGCUAUUGCCAUGCAAUUAUGGGAUACUGCUGGACAGGAAAGAUUCCGCUCAAUCACAAAACAAUACUUCCGUAAGGCAGAUGGCGUCGUUUUGAUGUUCGAUGUGACUUCUGAACAGAGUUUUCUCAACGUUCGAAACUGGAUUGACUCGGUUCGAGCUGGCGUAGACGAAGCAACAGUUAUGUGUCUCGUUGGAAAUAAAGUUGACCUAUUUGGAAGUGAUAUUGCGAGAAGUGGAGUUUAUCGAGCUGCUGAAAAACUAGCAUUGGAAUUCAAAAUCCCGUUCUACGAAACGAGUGCCUACACAGGAUAUGGUAUCGAGAAUUGCAUGCGUCAGAUGGCUGAGUGUGUUUUAUCAUUUUGUCUUUAUUAUCAUUGUUAUUCCAGAAGUCUGCAACGUCGCGAAGAUAAUCAUCUGGAAGAGGCUUUGAAGUUAGACAUUAAUUCUAAUUACAAGAAAAGAAGUUGGUGUUGUAUCUAA